AUGACAUUAUCACGUUUAGCUUCAGCCUGGAAACAAGCACGUUUUCCAUGGCGAUCCAAAUUCUAUGUUGGCUCAGAUUUGGAUGGAAACGAAUACUAUGAAACUAGUAGAAUUUUAGGCAAUAGUGGUCGACCGAAGCGGAUAGUUAAUCUGAAACAACAGAUAAAAUUUAGUGAUUAUACAGGAGAUGAAAUACCUGUGCAGUGGCAAAGCUGGUUGAGGCAUACACGAUUCGAUCCACCGACGAUCGAGGAACUCAAAAUAGCAAAUCAAAAACGCGAAAUAAUUAUCGAACGAGCGAAAAGAUUGGAUCAGGAGUGGAAUGAGCGUAAACGGCAGUUACAAAAACAAAAAGAGGCUAUUCCACAGAACACAACAUCAACUACUACUAUCGCACCCCCUUUGCUUGAUUAUCAACCACCCGUUGCACCCAGCGACACAUUUGAACCUGAAGAGUGGACGCCUGCUUCGACGCGGGAUGGUGAUAGAGGAGGAAGCGGUGGUAACGGGUAA